CUCUCAAGUGUCUGGCUGUGUGGAGGUUGUGGCAGACAAAAUGUCUGGCUUGGAGGCUGCGAAGUCCGGGACGUCUGCGUCACUACAAAGGAACAAGGAAGAAGUCAGUCUUUGAUGAAAUGGCUGCAAUCAAUGUCCUCCUGCCCUAGCAAAGUGCAAGACGCUCCCUGUCUUUACAGAGCAAGAGAAUGGGCUUUGCCAUCAGACGAACCUGGUGCUAACCUUAUCUUCACCGUUUCCUCAGUUUCCUACUCUAAAAUAAUGAUUAACAAUCCCCACCUUUGUCUAUUAUCAAAAUAAAAGGCUUUGUCUUACUCCAUGCCAUGCGCUGUGCUAAGCCUCUCCAAAUAUUAACUCAUUCAGUCCUCCCAUCCACCACUCCUAUGAGUUAGAUACUGUUUUCUUCGUUGCCCAAUGAAGGGUACUGGCACACAGAGAGGUUAAGUAAUUUGGUGGGGUCACAUAGCUGGUGAUUGGAGGCACGUAUUGAGCCGGGAUCUGAACGCCCACCUUAUGGCGGCAGAACCUGCCCCACCAUCUGGACACAAGCCCACCCGGACCUGACACACGGCGGUGAGGACUGUACACACGGCGGCUGCAGGACGUGCCGCAUUUGAGUGGAACCGGGUCUUUGAGGAGCCUCGGCUUCUCGGCGGCGUGAGCUGCCAGGACGUCCCCGGGAUAGGGACAGCACCCAAGCGGUCGGAAAUUUGGGCCCGCUCCAAGCGUCGGCCGCAGGGGGGCGCUGCCGCCUCGUCGGCCGCCGCGCUCAGCUGGUGGUCCCCGGGGCCGCGCGCGCCGCCUGCAAGAUGCCUGUGCGCCGUGGCCGGCGGCCGGCGCGACCCGGGGCCCGCCUCUCCUGGCUGCUGUGCUGCAGCGCGCUGCUGUCCCCGGCCGCGGGAUACGUGAUCGUGAGCUCCGUGUCCUGGGCAGUCACCAACGAGGUGGACGAGGACCUGGACAGCGCCUCCACCGAGGAGGCGCUGCCCGCGCUGCUGGAGGACGCGGGCGGCAUCUGGCAGCAGAGCUUCCCGGACUCGGCGCACAAGGAGGCCGCACACCCGCCGCCCCCAGCGGGUGCUGCCCGCGCCAGGCCGCGUCCCACGCCGCCGGGGAUGUUCUCCCACCUGUGCGACAGCGGCCUGUGGCUGCGCCCCGGCACCGCCCGCUUCCUGGCCCACGCCAGCGCCUGGGGCUGUCUGGCCCCCGUGUCCGCCCACGAGAAGAUCCCCAGGCUGCCAUUUGGGAACUGCCUGCCCAUCAGUGAUGGCCCCUUGAACAGCAUGGGGAUUCCUUUCUUCUGCAUCACACCCAAAGACCCUGCAGUGGCUGACCUCAUGAAGAACCCCAUGGCCUCACUCCUGCUGCCAGAAUCAGAAGGAGAGUUCUGCAGGUGAGUAAGCUGAGACCCAGGGAAAUGAAGUGAGCUGCCUAAGAGGUCGGUCGUACCCAGUAAAUGACACAGCAAGACUGGAGUU